AUGUCCACAUACCUUUUGGAAAGUUUCUCAUUAUAGCUAUAUUUAUUAAUAAUUUUAUAUAAUUUUAAUUGCAUUGGCAGGUGUUGACUUGAAGUAGCUGCUUCGGUCACUUGCGCGCAGGUUUUCACACCUGUUAUCGUCUCUGGGUUGCAACGGCUUCCCACGUCAGAUCUAGCUAGUCUUUUAAAGCCUGAACAAGCGUUAAGUGUAAAGGUUGUUCGAACACCAUGACUAGUCGAGGAGCAUUUAAAUAUUCGAGAAGAGGUGCUGCUAGUUUCUGGUCUUUGUCAGACCGUGAGCUGAGCCCACGCCCUCACUGUCCUCAGGUCCACAAGACAGACGAUGCAGACAUUUACACUGAUGCUGCUGGGCUGAGGACAAACGAACAUGCAGCUGGAGACUAUGAUACAGCACCAGAGGCUCUGCUUUCUGAAGGAGACCACAGACCCCAAAUUGAAAAGGGCUCCGUCCCCACACUCAGCCAUAAUUAUGAUUCUGGUGACAUAAUGUUGGAAAAUGAGGCUGAAGAUUCGGAUGAUGAACCAGCUGUGCUCUCCCUUCAUGGUAUGUCACCUCCUGAAAGCAUACUGUCAGAUGAAGAUCUUCUAACAGAGCAGGUCAAGGACUUAAACCAACCUGAUACAACCACAAAGACUGAAGUUUGGCGCACUGAAUGGCACAAGAAUCACAUGGCAGUUAUAAGCAGUGAGAAGUUUGACAGCCUCCUGAAAAUGUGUCCAGAUUUCUAUGCCUGCAAGAGCCACAUGGCAGCAUUUGUCUUGAUAAGAGAAGUUCUGGAUACAGCAGGUCGUCCAUGUGAGCAAUACAAGGUAGUGGCAGUGGGAUCUGGCCGCUCAAGUUGUAGCGAAUGGCUUUGCUACAAUGGGGUGAUGGUUCAUGACAGCCAUGCCAUCAUCAUUGCCAGACGGGCUCUUUUAAGGUUUCUGUAUAAACAGCUUUUGCUGUUCUUUGAUGCUGAUCCAAAGGCCAAGGAGAGCUGUAUUUUUGAGAGUAGUGCAGCCAGCCACCAGCUUCAGCUCAAACCCAAGAUCAGUCUGCAUCUCUACACCAAUCAGUGUCCCGAAGGAGCUCCUACGAACUUCUACUUUAAGGUUUCUGCAAACGACACCUGGACCUCUAUGGUUCUCCAGUAUCAUUUCAAAGGCCUACUGGUCCCUGUGGCCUACCUUGACCCGAGUCUCUGGGGCGCCAAAGUCUGCUGCAUGUCUGGCAGUGACAAACUUUGUCGCUGGACUGUUACUGGGAUUCAGGGUGCAUUACUGAGCCACUUUAUUCAGCCGCUUUACAUCACAAGCAUGGUACUAGGAGGCCAGAAGCUCAUGAACCAGGAAGUGUCUGAUAUCACCAGCAAGCGACUGGGUGAUGGAUGGCAGAUCUUUCUGCCGCAGUCCUACAAGAAACAUGACAUCGUCUUUGUCUGCGGGGACUACGUGGGGCCUGUUGUGCCCUCGCUGCAUCAUGAAAACCUCAGCAUCAACUGGUGCCUCGGGGACCAGGAUAUUGAAGUUUUGGACAGCAGCAAGGGCUUGAUUGUGGAGGGCUCUCCUUCUGUGAGCGUGCCUGGCUACUCAAGCAGACUUUGCAAGAGAGCCCUCUACAGUUAUUUCCUCAAAGUUGCACAGCUGGGUGGGCACACCUAUCUGCUGGAGCUUCCCACGUACCACAGUGUCAAGGUCGAAGCCAGUGUCUACCAGACGGUCAAAGAGCUGGUGAGACAGCAGUUCCUGGAAAACCACGCAGGACUGUGGAAUUCCAAAAAGCUGGUGGAUUGCUUUAGCGCUUGAACUCGCGGCUGGAAACCCGUCAUGCCGAUGUUUACCCAAGUUCCUUGAGAGAUUUGAUUUGCUGUUCUUCUCUGCACUUUGCUAAUUACCUUCAACAGUAAUUGUAGUUUUGUUUUAUCUACGACAUUAGAGUUUUCAGUUUGUGUAGGUGUUUGAGAAAAAUAAACAAGGCCCUGCUGUUGUGCACCAGACUGAAGGAGUCAGUUUGAAUGAGUUGUGGGUGGAAACACAUCGCUCAAAGGCUAACAGUGCACAAAAUGGGGAACAUUUUCUCUGUCGUGUCAAGUAGAACUGAGCAACAUUAUUGCCAGAAGCUUGAAAAUGAACAAUUCCUUUUAUGGAGCUCGUGUUAUGAAAAGGUAACUGUGUGCGUUUUUUAUUUAAUAUUACUGCCAUUCACUAUUUUCAACAUUUGACCAUUUUUAAAUGUGAAUUAUUUCAUUUAUUUUUUGUGCAUUUGUAGCCAAACUAAGUCCAGUCAGAGUAAAAUCAGCACCUGAAGAACCAAAAUAAGGUCUGUCAUGAGGUCCAUGUGUUCUCUUGUGUUUAAUAGUAACUUAAGAUGAAGUAAAAUGGAGAAAAAUAAAUGUUUUCUUUAGUUUUAAAUGUUAGAUAUUAACACACGUUCUCUGUAUUAUUUUCUAUUGCACAACGUUGUGUUGUUUUCCACGUGUAUUAAUUAAUCAGGAACUUGUACAGCUCGAAAACUACAACUUCAGAAUUUACCUGUCA